CGUAAUCUAAAGACUACCUAUAGCCUGGCUGAAAUGGGCCUUCCAGUUUCCUAAUGGAGUAGAAAGUCCUUUAAUUCAUUUUGUUUUGUUUUUUUAAUUCUCUGCGGUGCGGUGCAGCUCACGAUUCUCUCUAUCUCUCUUUCCAAAGGUAAAGGCAAACCCAGCGGAGGGCGAUAGGGACACUCGAGAGAGCGCGAGAGAGGCGGAGCAGUACUCCUGUGCGGAGGGUUAGGGUAUAGUAGAAUCGAAUUGAGGAGAAACCAGAAGGAAGGACGGAAAAAUGGUGGACUUGGGUCGGGUGCAGAAGGAGCUGCAAGAGUGCAACAGAGACGUGCAGGUUUCGGGAAUAAAGGUCAGCCCGAGAGGCGACAGUUUGACCCAUUUGAGCGGCACCAUCCCUGGCCCUAUCGGUACACCCUACGAAGGCGGCACUUUCAAGAUCGACAUAACUCUCCCUGAUGGAUACCCAUUUGAGCCACCAAAAAUGAAAUUUGCCACAAAAGUUUGGCACCCUAAUAUAAGCAGUCAAAGUGGUGCGAUAUGCCUCGAUAUCCUGAAAGACCAGUGGAGCCCAGCACUUACUCUGAAGACAGCUCUCCUUUCUAUACAAGCACUGCUCUCUGCUCCUGAACCAGAUGAUCCACAAGAUGCAGUGGUAGCACAACAGUAUCUCAGAGAGUACCAGACCUUUCUUGGCACAGCUCGGUACUGGACAGAAGCUUUUGCCAAACCAUCUCUCGGUGUUGAUGAAAAGGUACAGAAACUUGUGGAGAUGGGUUUCCCUGAAGCGCAGGUGAGGAGUACACUGGAACUUGUUGGCUGGGAUGAAAAUGCUGCUCUUGAAAGGCUUUGCUCCUCCGCCUAGUGCCAGCUGCAACAUUUGUUUUUGACGAGGGUGAUGAUGAUGAUUCUAUGCUUUCCUGGGAUGCCCCGAAUAUGAUCCAUCCAAUCGAUCAUCUAUGAAAUUGAUAAGUAACAAAAAAAAAAAAAAAAACUUGAAUAUUGUAAUUUAGUUUUUAACUUUUUGGUGUUUUUAGUCAACUGGUGUUGAUCUGUCGGAGUAGGCUGAUGAUUCCAUGUCUUCAUCAAUAUCAUAAUUGAAGAAACUGCUCGAUCAGAAUUAAGGUUGCUCACUAGUCUUUUCUCCUAUAGUGAAUAUGCCCAAUAUUUUCAGCCUUUUUUUAUUUUUUUUUUAUUUUAAUAUUUCACCCUACCUAUAGUUUUAGCGUUGGGGUCAUUUUUAGUGGCAAAGAUGUUGAGGCCAAGGUCCUAUCACUCGGGGAGGGUUUCAAACCUUUCUAGAAUCCGUUCAGUCUCAAUAAGAUGAUUUUGUUGCAAGUACUGUAAUUGGUUACUUUGAAAUAUAAAUUGUAAAUGAACAUUUGAUGGUGGUGUA